GCUGGUCUCAAACUGGGCUCAAGCGAUCUCCUGCCUCAGCCUCCCAAAGUGGUGGGAUUACAGGCGUGAGCCUCCGAGCUCAGCCUUUAUAUAGGGUCAGUGUGUUAAGUACAACAUAUCAUCUAUGCUUAAUUUGUUGAAAGUUUUUAUAAUAAAGUUAUGUUGAAUUUUGUCAAAUACUCUCCCUGCAUCUAUUGAAAUGAUAAUACGGUUUUUGUCCUUCAAAAGCAGGAUUCCAGAGUCUAGAAUCAAUUCUGCCAAGUUGGCCAUGCCCCUUACAGAAUGCCACUUGGUAGGAGAGUGUGUGUUUCCCUGCAUCUUCACCAGCACUGGGUGUUAUGGUCGUGUCGGAUUUCUGCUGUGGUUCGCGGUGUGUGACGGGCCGUCACCUGCUUGCCCACCUGCUCACUCCUUGUCGCCCCCCCACCCACAUGUCUUUCAGCCCCGCCGCACCACCUGGGUCUCCACCAUGAACGGGCCUGCCCUGCAGCCCUCCUCGGCCUCCUCCCCGCCCUCGGCCUCCCCGGCGCCGGCCCCGCGGGGCUGGAGCGAGUUCUGUGAGUUGCACGCCGUGGCGGCGGCCCGGGAGCUGGCCCGCCAGUACUGGCUGUUCGCUCGCGAGCAUCCGCAGCACGCGCCGCUGCGUGCGGAGCUGGUGUCGCUGCAGUUCACCGACCUCUUCCAGCGCUACUUCUGCCGGGAGGUGCGCGACGGCCGCGCACCGGGCCGCGACUACCGGGACACAGGCCGUGGGCCCCCCGCCAAGGCUGAGGCGUCCCCGGAGCCAGGCCCCGGCCUCGCCGCCCCUGGCCUGCCCAAGGCCCGCAGCUCUGAGGAACUGGCCCCGCCGCGGCCGCCCGGGCCCUGCUCCUUCCAGCACUUUCGCCGCAGCCUCCGCCACAUCUUCCGCCGCCGCUCGGCCGGGGAGGUGCCAGCGGCCCACACCGCUGCCGCCGUCGGGACCCCCGGAGAGGCUGCUGAGACCCCCGCCCGGCCCGGCCUGGCCAAGAAGCUCCUGCCCUGGAGCCUGGCCCGGGAGCCGCCACCCGAGGCGCUGAAGGAGGCGGCGCUGCGCUACAGCCUGGCCGACGAGGCCUCCAUGGACAGCGGGGCGCGCUGGCAGCGUGGUAGGCUGGCGCUGCGCCGGGCGCCGGGCUCCGAUGGCCCAGAUGGCCCCGACCGCGUGCUGGAGCUCUUCGACCCACCCAAGAGUUCAAGGCCCAAGCUACAAGCAGCUUGCUCCAGCAUCCAGGAGGUCCGGCGGUGCACACGCCUUGAGAUGCCUGACAACCUCUACACCUUUGUGCUGAAGGUGAAGGACCGGACAGACAUCAUCUUUGAGGUGGGAGAUGAGCAGCAGCUGAAUUCAUGGAUGGCUGAGCUCCGGGAGUGCACAGGCCGAGGCAGGCUGGAGAGCACAGAAGCAGAGAUGCAUAUUCCCUCAGCCCUAGAGCCCAGCACAUCCAGCUCCCCAAGGGGCAGCACAGAUUCUCUUAACCAAGGUGCUUCUCCUGGGGGGCUGCUGGACCCAGCCUGCCAGAAGACAGACCAUUUCCUGUCCUGCUACCCCUGGUUCCAUGGCCCCAUCUCCAGAGUGAAAGCAGCUCAGCUGGUUCAGCUGCAGGGCCCUGAUGCUCAUGGAGUGUUCCUGGUGCGGCAGAGCGAGACGCGGCGUGGGGAAUACGUGCUCACUUUCAACUUUCAGGGGAUAGCCAAGGUAUGGGGCGGGGCAGGCAGGACCGUGCCACUCCUCUCCACUGGAGUUCAGGGUCCUAGAGGGACAGCCCGAAUCCACCAUCCUCUCCUCCCACAGCACCUGCGCCUGUCGCUGACCGAGCGGGGCCAGUGCCGUGUGCAGCACCUCCACUUUCCCUCGGUCGUGGACAUGCUCCACCACUUCCAGCGCUCGCCCAUUCCACUCGAGUGUGGCGCUGCCUGUGACGUCCGGCUUUCCAGCUACGUGGUAGUCGUCUCCCAGCCACCAGGUUCCUGCAACACUGUCCUGUUCCCUUUCUCCCUUCCUCACUGGGAUUCAGAGUUGGGCCUUCCCCACCUUAGCUCUUCUGGCUGUCCCCGGGGGCUCAGCCCAGAGGGUCUCCCAGGGCGAUCCUCACCCCCUGAGCAGAUCUUCCACCUGGUGCCUUCGCCCGAAGAACUGGCCAACAGCCUGCGGCACCUGGAGCCUGAGCCUGUGAAUCGAGCCCGGGACUCGGACUACGAAAUGGACUCAUCCUCCCGGAGCCACCUGCGGGCCAUAGACAAUCAGUACACACCUCUCUGACCAGAGAGGAAUUCCAGGCCUCAACAGCUGCCCUUGAGGAACACAGGCAGAAGUGUGAAUUUGUGAAUGUAAUUGAUCUUUCCUUCCUUCCAGAGAGAGAUUUAAGGGACACUGUUAACUGCUCAUGCCAGUUUGGACGUGACCCUUCUAUUAGGCCUGUUGAAGGGCCCUCCUGUAAGUUUCAUCUAUCACCUGGCUUUCUCCUUAUUGUUUACAGAUGUAGUUCUUGUUAGAGGAUGCCGCUAGCUCCUGCCCGGGGUCCCUAUGCCCAGUCCCUGUUACUCUUAGAGAAAGGAGUUGGGGUGAGGGCCAGAGCUGGCAGUGGAAACUUGUUCUCUUUUUCACUGACACUGUCACAGCAGAUGACAGACUUUCUACGGGAAGUGGGGGUCAUCAGGAAGCCCAGAACACUAAUAAGCGGUUCUCCCAUCUACCGUCAGUCCAUGUGGCAGGUCUACUGUGUCCAUGCCACAGAUGACCACACCUAAUCCUGCUUCUACUCUCAGCUUUAGGACAAAAGCUCUGUCAGAGGGACAAGCUGAAGGUCAAAAAUGAUUUUAAACAUUUUACCUCAGACUAAUUUCUUUAAAGGAUUCAGGUUCAAAACUAAACCACUGCUUAUUUCAGUGCACUGUUUCAACUAACACCCAUGCAAUUUUUGUAGUCGGAGAGAGCUAUGCAAACCCUACCUAAUUCACAGUCUGAGCCAGCACGCUGACUUGUCUACUGCAUCCUCGGGACAGUCACUGCUGCUGAGCGGCCACUGUCCUUCCUAAAUGUCAAGAAGUGAAGUAUGUCACCCUUUCAGGGAAAUUCAGGCAAUUACUGAAAUAGGGUGGCAAAGAACAGUUCUACCCUGGUGCCUUACGAACAAAAAACUGGAUUCUGGUUUACAGCAGCUUUACAGUGAUAGUUAACUGGGGUUGGGGGAAGAACAAGCCAAAAAGGAAGAAGGACUCCUGGGCCCUUUCUAGUAAAUCCUUCAACAACAAGGCUGGCUCGGUGCCCUCCAAGCAUCUAAUGGCUUAUUAAAUUAUCCCACAAGUGGGUUUUGGGCUCCUUUUUUGAGCCAAAAUGGAAGCUGGGAAUCUGGUGCCGUAACUAAUGAGAAACUCUUUUAAUAGCCCACAAUCAGUGUUCUGUUCCAGCUGGCUACUGCUUCAUUGGAUUGAGAAUGUAUCUCCAUGCACACAUGGGCGCACACAAUCUCCACCAUCCAGGGAGGUCCUGAAGUCAAAUCUCCAUCUAUACAAGUGAUACAAUUCAUGGCGGGCUGGCUCCUCCCAGAAUCUUUGUCUGGAGGCUCAGAAACAAGGGGGCAGUGACAGUGGAAUCAGCUGCUCUUGGGUGCCAACAGAGCCAUUCAGUACAACCCCCAGGCUCAUGGCUGUGGCUUCUAGGAAACUGGGAGUUUAGAUCAGCUUUACAGAUACAUCAAUCAGAGGCUAAAAUGAAACCUUGGCCUAAAACUCGCAGGACUGCCUGCCUGGGAGGAGGGCUAGGUCUGCUCCUUCUACUUAGUCUCUGUACUCCAAGAGGUCAGAUUUCUGCUUUUAGAAUUUUCUUUGGGUCUUUCAGAGGGUGGGGAAACAAACCCCUCUGCACCACUGUUUUUCUUUCUUUCUUUUUUUUUUUUUUGAGACGGAGUUUCACUCUUGUCAACCAAGCUGGAGUGCAGUGGUGCGAUCUUGGCUCACUGCAACCUCCACCUUCCUGGUUCAAGCAAUUCUGUCUCAGCCUCCUGAGUAGCUGGGAUUACAAGCGCCAGUCACCACGCUCGGCUAAUUUUGUAUUUUUAGUAGAGACAGGGUUUCGCCAUGUUGGCCAGGCUGGUCUCAAACGCUUGACCUCAGGUGAUCCAUCCACCUUGGCCUCCCAAAGUGCUGAGAUUACAGGCGUGAGCCACCAUGCCCAGUCUGUACCACUUUAGUACCAACACUCCUGGGUGAUUUCAUAGACCCUAAAGCAGACCUGACACUGAUCCAGAUUUGCAGUCCAUUUUUAAGGACACCUGUCUUUAUCUCCUCAAAGUCAAGCAGCUUUCUCUGGAAAAUGAAUGCUAACUAGUGUGAACCAAAAGAGUAAGUAAUAGUCUGAAGUUUUUUAAGGGAGAAAGCUCAAAAGUCAUUGGUUCUCCCCUCCGCACAGGGAAGAUGCCCAGUAGAUAAUGAACCAAAUUAAGUUCCUUCCCUCCAGCCAGAAGUUAAACAUCUGGGAUAUGACGUCUUCACACCAGGGGCACUCAUUUCUUAGCAGCCUCUCUACACACAUCUCUCAGGUGGUGCCAAGAGGCACACCACGUAGAGCAAACUUGGCAGCUCUAACAGGCUGCAAAGUACAACUUCAGAUUCCGUGGCAGAGAUUUGGAAAGCACCCACCUCCAGACUGCUUCCUUUCUAAACUCGUCCGAGUUACCAGGACAGCUCAAAUACAUGCUGACAAAAAACUCUCAUGGCCCUAGGAAGAAGUGACACUAAGCCAACGCCUUUUCUUUGUGCGGGAGCAGACCCAGCUGAUGAAGGGGUGGGCAGCAGUGUGGGGCAGGCACCCCACUGGCUGCAGCUAGCCCACCAUAGGCACAGCACAUCCCACCACUCUCCUUCUAGUCCCGACCAGGCCCCAGCCAGCAACUUCUACCGAGAGCCAUGGCUCAGCACCAAACUGGACAGUAGACAUCAUGAUCCCUCCAGUUAGCUCUAAAAUUACAGACCCCACCAGUAGAGCUUGACAGCUCCCGGCACCAUCACUUCCUUCAUCUGACUUUAUUGAACUUUUACAAACUAACAGUCACCAGCACCAAAGAAUUAAGUCAACUAACCUGCCUUGAAUUUUAGACCAGCAAUCCAUAUGGCUUUAUCUGGUAUAAAUCUUCUGCCUUUGAUCAUUUCUGGACCGUAGGAAAAAGGAAUAGCAAUCAUUAAAAUCUUGGGCCAGAGAACACUAUUUUUACAUAACAGUUUCUUAACCUAAAGUCAAGGCCUUGGACUCUUCCCUGAGGGUUGCCUGCGAUUCCUUCAUGCUUUCUAUUCAGGGCUAAGUCCCUUACUGCAAAUGUGUUAGCUCUAACAUCUCCCACAAGCUAGAGGAACUUGCGAGUAUAUUAACAAGGACACAUCUGACAUCCUGUAUUUGGUUAGAAUAUACAGCACAUUGUGAUAACAAAGUGGAUUCAUCUUGUAUCAUUAUAGGCAGAAGGUAUUUGGCAAAUUUUUAUGUAUUGUUUUAUGUACUGUACAAGUAACUUAUUCUUGAAUAAUGCAAAUUUUGCUAUAAUGUACAAAUUGCUAUAUGUGAAUUAAAAAGUUUUCAGAAUCUUGA